CACCCCAUGACAAUUAGAACAUGUGGGGACGAAGCAAUACCGUCACCAUAGUUGAGAAAGCCGUGUCGACUGCUGUUCCAGACUUGCCUGCUCCGGUACUGGAAUAUGUCUCGAGAUUGAGUUCGCAACAUGUGGAUAGUCGGUGGAGUUUCACGCAGGGAUUCUUGCUCGGGCAGUUUACUGUGAUUGGCAUGGUUUGCGUAUUCCUGUGGGUGUUUAUCUUGGGAGACAAGGACACAGUGUUGGUGGAGAAUGCGAGAGGACAGUACCGGCGGAAUCAAUUACGGAAGAAGAAGUCCUCGGUACUGCGAAACACGCCCGUUCAAUCUACUUCAGAAAUCCUCGCCAAGACGUUCUACAACGUCGCCUCUCAUCAGCCGGAAUCACUCGAUUGGUUCAAUGUGCUUGUAGCACAAGCAGUCAUGCAAUUCCGCGAAGACGCAAAGAGCAAGGACGCAAUCCUCACAUCUUUGGAUGCCGUUAUGAACGGACCACGGAAACCAGAUUUCUUGAGUGAUAUCAGGAUCACGGAGUUGAGUUUGGGAGAAGAGUUCCCUAUCUUUUCGAACUGUCGGAUACGGCCAAUGGAGGGUGAACCGAACCGAUUGCGCGCAGAAAUGGACAUUGACCUCCGCGACCAAAUCACCCUCGCAAUCGAAACAAAAUUCCUCCUCAACUACCCCAAACCCCUCUUCGCCGUCCUCCCCGUCGCCCUCGGCGUUUCCAUCACGCGUUUCUCCGCAACACUUUCCGUCUCCUUCGUUCCGCCCCCAGACCCUGAUACAUCCUCGUCUACUACAACCCUGACCUUUAGCUUCAGCCCUGAUUUUAGAUUGGAUAUCAAUGUGAGGAGUUUGUUGGGUGCGAGAAGUAGGUUACAGGAUAUCCCCAAGAUCGCGCAGAUAAUCGAAAAGAGGCUGAGGGAUUGGUUCAUGGACCGUUGCGUGCAGCCGCAUUUUCAACAAGUCGCGAUUCCAUCAUUAUGGCCAAGUAAGGCAAAAGAAGGACAUGUACAGAAAGAACGAUCGACUCAGAUGGAGGCUGGUGCGAAUUUGCAUUCGAGUGAGGAGUUGUUGGCGCCGCCUGCGUCACCGGGAGUGGAGACGGCGAGUACGGCGGAGGGGCUGCAUCAGAGGACGAACUUGAUGACGGGCGCAAAUGGGAAUGGGAAUGCCGUUGGGAGUGUUGUGAGCAGGAUGCCAGGAGCGAUACCCGGAGAAGCAUUGUGAUUGAAAGCAGAAAUAGCAUGAGAGGGAACAUUGCGAGGAACGUAAGGUACACUAGAGCAUCCGGACAAUUGCAUGCGGCUUCGGUUCGGAC